UCUUGAGUAUAAAACACCAACUUCUCCCAAAGCACAAAAUUAGUCAUCUUGAAACUUAAAACUCUUCUUCAAUCAAAUACACAAUGUUCAAAAAGAUCAUAACUUUCACCUCCAAAUCAAAACCAAAAACCUUUGAAUCCACAUCACUUCAUACCCUCAAACAUUCACCACAAUCUUCACCAUCAAAACCCAAUUCUCCCACACAAAAACCACUCAAUAUCAUCAUUCCCCCAAAUCCAUUAAACAGUUUUAAUCGAUCUUUUUCAUCUGGGUAUCACUCAAAUUCGAUCAACUAUAAAGGGUCGAGUUCAAUUCGAAAUGGGUUUUGGAAUUUGGGUCGGAGAUUCAGCAGUGAAGCAGCUCGCGAGUGUAUUGAGUACGACGUCGUUAUUGUCGGAGGAGGGCCUGCUGGCUUGUCUGCUGCCAUAAGAUUGAAGCAAUUGUGUAGGGAUAAUGACGUGGAUUUGUCUGUGUGUGUUGUGGAGAAAGGGGCUGAAGUGGGUGCGCAUAUAUUAUCGGGAAAUGUAUUUGAGCCCCGUGCAUUGAAUGAACUUAUUCCGAACUGGAAAGAGGAGGAGGCACCGAUCAGCGUUGGCGUUUCUUCUGAUAAGUUCAUGUUACUUACCAAAAAACAUGCCAUCCCAAUGCCAAAUCCUUUCGAUAAUAAAGGAAACUAUGUUAUAAGUUUAAGUCAGUUUGUGCGUUGGUUGGGACAGAAGGCUGAGGAACUAGGAGUUGAAGUAUACCCUGGGUUUGCAGCUAAAGAGGUUUUGUUUGAUGAAAAUGAAAAUGUUAUCGGUAUUGCAACGAAUGACAUGGGAAUUGGCAAAGACGGUUCUAAGAAAGAUAAUUAUCAGCCCGGUGUAGAGUUAAAAGGGCGUGUAAAUCUUUUUGCCGAAGGAUGUCGUGGUUCACUGUCAGAGAAAAUAAUAAGAAAAUAUGAUCUCAGAAAGAAAGGGCAGGGACAACACCAAACUUAUGCAUUAGGGAUUAAAGAGGUAUGGGAAAUCGAUGCCGACAAGCAUAAACCUGGUGCUGUUGUUCAUACGUUAGGUUGGCCCUUGGAUCAUAAAACUUACGGUGGAUCGUUUUUAUACCAUAUGCAAGAUAGACAGGUUUCAAUUGGACUGGUGUGUGCUUUGAACUACCAUAACCCCUAUUUCAACCCUUACGAAGAAUUUCAGAAUCUAAAACGUCAUCCUGCGAUCAGGCCUCUUCUCGAAAAUGGGACGGUUCUUCAGUAUGGUGCCCGUACUUUAAAUGAAGGCGGUUUUCAGUCUAUUCCGUAUCCAGUGUUCCCGGGGGGAGCAAUUGUUGGCUGUUCAGCCGGCUUCUUAAAUGUUCCAAAAAUAAAGGGUACGCACACAGCGAUGAAAUCAGGAAUGCUAGCGGCUGAAUCCGCCUUUGGAGUACUUCACGAGGGCUCGAAUAUGAAAACGUAUUGGGAAAGCUUGAAAAGUUCAUGGAUAUGGGAAGAGCUUCACCGUGCACGGAAUUAUCGUCCAGCAUUUGAAUAUGGGCUUUUACCUGGUAUGGCUAUAAGUGCCUUGGAACAUUAUAUACUAAAGGGAAGAGUCCCGUAUACAUUAAAGCAUGGAAAACCAGAUCACGAAGCAACACAUGAAGCAAGCAAGUGUUCCCCAAUUGAAUACCCGAAGCCCGACGGGAUUGUUAGUUUUGAUGUACCAACCUCCCUGUACAGGAGCAAUACAAAUCAUGAUCAUGACCAACCAUCUCACCUUCGCUUGAGGGACCCUAAAAUUCCCGAACUUGUAAAUUUGCCAAAAUAUGCUGGCCCGGAAUCACGAUUUUGCCCUGCCCGCGUCUACGAGUACGUCUCAGAUGAUAACGGGCAAAUGAAGCUGCAGAUCAAUGCUCAGAAUUGCUUGCAUUGCAAGGCUUGUGAUAUUAAAGAUCCAAAGCAGAACAUCGGAUGGACGGUGCCAGAAGGCGGGGGCGGGCCCAAGUACUCAGUCAUGUAAACCAGUUUUAGUCAACAAAGGCAGUAGCCUCAUUCUGUGGAAAAGGAACACUUCUUGUUUAACAUGUGCAGGACUUUCAUGUGUACUAUGGUCAAACAAAUGAUUCUAAUUAAUACAGUGAACCAAAUAUGUAUCAACUGGUAUACAGCAAAACUUCACCAAAAAGUAAAAUAUAUACACAACAUUAGAACA